CGGGGGAUUCGGGCCGGUUCGCGGGCGCUGCCAGUCUUGGGCGGCGGCGUCCGGCGCGCGGGCAGCCUGCUGGGCGGGCUGAGGGCGGACGGCGCGCGGGUGCGGCGGAAAGAGACGGGGCCGACGGACUACCGCAGCGACAGGUUUUCAACUUACAAAAGACAAUGACUACUGAUGAAGGUGCCAAAAACAAUGGAGAAAACCCAGCAGCAGCUGUUGCCGAACAAGGAGAGGAUAUUACCUCCAAAAAAGACAGAGGAGUACUAAAGAUUGUCAAAAGAGUGGGGAAUAGUGAGGAAACACCAAUGAUCGGAGAUAAGGUUUAUGUCCAUUACAAUGGAAAAUUGUCAAAUGGAAAGAAGUUUGAUUCCAGUCAUGAUAGAAAUGAACCAUUUGUCUUUAAUCUUGGCAAAGGCCAAGUUAUCAAGGCAUGGGACAUUGGAGUGGCUACCAUGAAGAAAGGAGAGAUAUGUCAUUUACUGUGCAAGCCAGAAUAUGCAUAUGGCUCAGCUGGCAGUGUCCCCAAAAUUCCCUCGAAUGCAACUCUCUUUUUUGAGAUCGAGCUCCUUGAUUUCAAAGGAGAGGAUUUAUUUGAAGAUGGAGGCAUUAUCCGAAGAAUCAAACAGAAAGGAGAAGGCUAUUCAAACCCAAACGAGGGAGCCACAGUAGAAAUCCACCUGGAAGGCCGCUGUGGUGAAAGAAUUUUUGAUUGCAGAGAUGUGGUUUUCAUUGUUGGCGAAGGAGAAGACCACGACAUUCCAAUCGGAAUUGACAAAGCCCUGGAGAAAAUGCAGCGGGAAGAACAAUGUAUUUUAUGUCUUGGACCACGAUAUGGUUUUGGAGAGGCAGGGAAGCCUAAAUUUGGCAUUGAACCUAAUGCUGAGCUUAUAUAUGAAGUUACACUUAAGAGCUUCGAAAAGGCCAAAGAAUCCUGGGAGAUGGACACCAAAGAAAAGCUGGAGCAGGCUGCCAUCGUCAAGGAGAAGGGAACUGUGUACUUCAAGGGAGGCAAGUACCUGCAGGCGGUCAUUCAGUACGGGAAGAUAGUGUCCUGGCUCGAGAUGGAAUACGGCCUGUCCGAAAAGGAAUCAAAAGCUUCUGAGUCGUUCCUGCUCGCUGCCUUCCUGAACCUGGCCAUGUGCUACCUGAAGCUCCGAGAAUACACCAAAGCCGUGGAGUGCUGCGACAAGGCCCUGGGACUAGACAGUGCCAACGAGAAAGGCUUGUACCGGAGGGGGGAAGCCCAGCUGCUCAUGAACGAGUUCGAGUCAGCCAGGGGCGACUUCGAGAAGGUGCUGGCAGUCAACCCCCAGAACAAGGCCGCGCGGCUGCAGAUCUCCAUGUGCCAGAAGAAGGCGAAGGAGCACAACGAGCGAGACCGCAAGAUCUACGCCAACAUGUUCGCCAAGUUUGCGGAGCAGGAUGCCAAGGAGGAGGCCAGUAAAGCCAUGGGCCAGAAGACUUUAGGAGGGGUCACCAAUGAAAAAGAAACAGCAAGCCAAGCAGUGGAAGAAGAGCGAGCCAGAGGCCACGUAUGACACCAGUCAAAGGAGGGAAGAGCCUCUCAACUCGGCCCUCCUUCACGGGCUUUCCCCAACUCAGGACUCAGCAGUGUUCAAUGUCAAGUUCAUCAUAGUCUGUGAUUCUGGAAGCAAAUGGCAAACCCAGUAGCUUCCCCCAAACCACACCCUGCUGCUGCCAGCGCUCUCAUUGAGGGGUGGCGUGGGACCACUCCGGGGGACAACACAUGGCUGUUGGCAUGGAGACAGCCAACCACGCAAGUCCAGCUCAUUUCACUGCCCGAUUCAGGGUCCCUUGAGAUAAUCCUAACAAUUUGGGGCUGUCUAUUAGGUUUUACAUUUAAUUGAAUUUUAAUAGCAAUUCAGAAACCUAAAAAUAAAUGCUUAAUGAAUUUC